AUGGCUAAAAAAACAAAACAAACGGCCCUCAGUCCGGAGCACCCCUUAAGUGGGAAAAGGGUGCUAAGAAUCCCCCGGUCAGCCAAUAAUGUCCCAAAAGUUAAAAGGAUCGGUACGUGGAACAUUCGAAGCAUGUACCAAGCAGGCAAAGCAGGAAAUACUAUUCAAGAAAUGACUCGUCUGAACAUAGAUAUUUUAGGAUGCAGUGAAGUUCGAUGGCCAAAUUCUGGAAUAAGAAUUCUAAAUGAACACUAUAUCUAUUAUUCUGGAGACGACACAACAAGUCACAGAAAUGACAUAGCGAUAAUAGUAAAAAGGGAAAUAGCUAAAGCAGUUUACGCACCGACAUCAGAAUCCAUUGAAGAAGAAAUAGAAAAUUUCUAUCAGACUCUAGAACACUCUCUAAAACUGUCCAAAAAGCAUGAACUUACUAUUAUCAUGGGCGAUUUCUAUGCCAAAAUAGGACAAGGUACAGUCGAGAAUGUCGUGGGGUCAUAUUAUGGUAUUGGCAUAAGAAACGAAAGAGGAGAAAGACUAAUUCAAUUCUGCCAAGAGACGGAUAUGGUUGGCCAGAUUUUGACUACCGUUGAAGAUAAAUUAAGAAGAUGGAAAGAAUAUGUGCAAGAAUUAUUCGACGAUGCAGCACGAAGUCCAACUGACAUAAACAAUCCCUACGGCCCAGAAUUAACAAAAGAAGAAGUAACUAUUGCUAUUAAGCAGAUAAAAGAUGGGAAAUCAACAGGACCUGAUAAGGUGCAUGGAAAAUGUGAAGAACAUAGAUUAAUUAGUUUGAUGAGCCAUAUACUUAAAGUACUCCUUACUAUCAUUCAUUUACGCAUAUACACCAAAUUAGAAGAACACCUGGCUGAAGUUCAAUGUGGAUUUAGAGCAGGACUUGAAACGAGGAAAGCACUUUUUAGUUUUUUAAUAACAGCCAACACUACGCCAUCUGGCUUAUUCUACCUCCGCAGCGAGAUCUUUCCAUUCCAUGAUCUACUUAACCACAAAACUGACAAAAAUAACAACUCUCUCGUGUUAAAAAAUAACAAUAAUAGUGCCACUAAAGACAAUCUGCUCGCCGCCGUCGUUUCGUCGCCGAAUCGUGAAAUCGCUCGACAGAACUGCCAAAACGUCGUGACAUCGUCGUCAGUGAAACAAAAUAAUAAAAAGUGCCGCGAAAGGACAAAAGUGCCGAAAAGGAGAACCAGGACUAUCGAGAGGGCGAGUUCUUCCAGCAGCGAAGGAGAUCGAGGCGUCAGAAAAGAAUUUGCAAUAAGUAAAAUAUCGUCUGAGCUGACAGGAGAAUUUGCUGAUCAAGGAUCAAAACUGUUGAUGGCCUUUGCUGAUGAUAUAGAUGCAGUCACGCAUUCUACAAGAGACGUAAGAGAGAAAAGAGCUCGAGGAAAAAACAGUGCAACAUGGACUUUUAACCAGUGGGAAAUCAAUAAGCUUCUAAUAUUUGAAAGAAAAGUUCUCAGAAUAAUAGUUGGCCCUCAAAGAGAUGAAUUCACAGGGGAUUGGAGAAGAUGGCGCAAUGCUGAAUUGGUGACUCUGUAUGGAACUGAAAACAUAGUUAAAAAUAUCAAGGCAAACCGAAUAAGAUGA